GGUAGGAACUCGUUCUCACUUCUGAUUUACCUGCAAACUUUGAUCAUUCUUGUGUCUGAAGACAAAUCUACAUGAUUGUUAAUUACAUUUUUAUUGGUUUUAUUAUUGAUCAGAAACACCGUGAUGAUCAGCCGAUGAUUAGUUUUAUACAUCGAUCAAACUUUGGUGUUUUUAUUUCCUGGAAUGAAGCUGUCGUCUCCAGCAUUAAAGUCAGACUGCUGUUUCCUGUGGAGCCUUUCAAAAUAAAGCGAGGUUCCUGGAGGAAGUUGUUUGCUGCUUGUAUGAAGGUGUGUGUGUGAGCUGAUGUGGACGUGAAUUCAGCAGAAUGGACCGGUGUGAGGACGGAGAGGAGGGAGUCCCUCCCUCUAAAACCUCUCUGUGUGGGGAACAUGAGAGUCGGAGCAAAGCUCAGAGGAAUCAACCUGGACCUGGACCUGGACCUGGACUUGGACCCGGACCCGGACCUGGACCUGGACCUGGACCUGGACCUGGACCUGGACCUGGACCUGGACCUGGACCUGGACCUGGACCUGGACCCGGACCCGGACCUGGACCUGGACCCAGUUGUGUGUCCUUGAAGAGCGACCAGUCAAAGGAAUAUGUCAUUAAGUUCAAAGGAGAGCAACGUUCUGGUGUAAAGAGGGUCCAUCAGAAAAGAGACUCUCUUGAACGUGAACCCAGCUGUUUGUCCUUGAAGAGCGACUGGUCAAAGGACUGGUUAAUUGACUUUAAAGGAGACCAACAUUCUUCUUCAGAGAGAGAGGACCAGCAGAUCUCAGAGUCCCCCAGUGGUCCGUCUGUCCAGCAGCAUCAGACACCGCUGGACUCCAUCUUUCAGCUGCUGGAGGACGACAUCGUCAUGUUUGUGAAGGACGAGCUGAAGAAGAUCCAGAAGGUUCUGAGUCCAGAUUACCCAGAAUCCUCAGAGAGUCUGAUGGAGGAUGAAGAUGAAGAGCAGAAGAGCAUCAGAGAGACAUUCAUGAAGAUCACAGUGAAGUUCUUGAGGAGGAGGAAGCAGGAGAAGCUGGCUGACCUCCUGCAGAGCAAGACCGUCGCUGCCAUUUGUCAAUCCAAACUCAGACGUCAGCUGCAGAAGAAGUACCAGCAUGUGUCUGAGGGGAUCACUAAAGCAGGAAAGACAACCCUUCUGGAGCAGAUCUACACGGAGCUCUACAUCACAGAGGGAGGGACCGGAGAGGUCAUCGAAGAACAUGAAGUCAGACAGAUUGAAGCAGCUUCCAGGAAACCGGACAGUGCAGAAACAGCCAUCAGACAGGAAGACAUCUUUAAACCCCCACCUGGAAGAGGAGGACCAAUCAGAACAGGGAUGACGAAGGGAGUGGCCGGCAUCGGGAAAACAGUCCUAACACAGAAGUUCAGUCUGGACUGGGCUGAAGGCAGAACCAACCAGGACAUCCAGUUCCUGCUUCCAUUCACCUUCAGAGAGCUGAAUGUGCUGAGAGAGGAGAAGUUCAGCUUAGUGGAACUAGUUCAUCGAUUCUUCUCUGAAACCAGAAAAAUCUGCAGCUUUGAAGAGUUCCAGGUCGUGUUCAUCUUUGACGGUCUGGAUGAGUGUCGACUUCCUCUGGACUUCCACAACUCUACAAUCGUCAGUGACCCCAGAAGGUCCACCUCAGUGGACGUGCUGCUGACAAACCUCAUCAGGGGGAAGCUGCUUCCUUCUGCUCGUCUCUGGAUCACCACACGACCCGCAGCAGCCAAUCAGAUCCCUCCUGACUGUGUCUCCAUGGUGACGGAGGUCAGAGGGUUCACUGACCUACAGAAGGAGGAAUACUUCAGGAAGAGGAUCAGAGAAGAGGAGCAGACCAAGAUCAUCUCCCACAUCAAGACAUCACGGAGCCUCCACAUCAUGUGCCACAUCCCAGUCUUCUGCUGGAUCACUGCUACGGUCCUGGAGAAAGUCCUGGAAACCAGAGAGGGAGGGGAGCUGCCCAAGACCCUGACUGAGAUGUACAUCCACUUCCUGGUGGUCCAGGCCAAACUGAAGAAGGUCAAGUAUGACGGAGGAGCUGAGACGGAUCCACACUGGAGUCCAGAGAGCAGGACGAUGGUGGAGUCUCUGGGAAAACUGGCUUUUGAGCAGCUGCAGAAAGGAAACCUGAUCUUCUAUGAAUCAGACCUGAGAGAGUGUGGCAUCGAUGUCAGAGAGGCUUCAGUGUACUCAGGAGUGUUCACCCAGAUCUUUAGAGAGGAGAGCAACCUGUACCAGGACCAGGUCUUCUGCUUCAUCCAUCUGAGUGUCCAGGAGUUUCUGGCUGCUCUUCAUGUCCAUCUGACCUUCAUCAAGUCUGGAGUCAACCUGCUGGAGGAACAAAGAAACACCUCCAGGUGGUUUAAAACAAGAGCAGAGACUCAGCUCUAUCAGAGUGCUGUGGACAAGGCCUUACAGAGUCCCAAUGGACACCUGGACUUGUUCCUGCGCUUCCUCCUGGGUCUUUCACUGGAGACCAAUCAAACUCUCUUACGAGGUCUGAUGACAUCAAACCAGAGAAGUUCACAGAAAACUAUCAAAUACAUCAAGAAGAAGAUCAGUGAGGAUCUGUCUGCGGAGAGAAGCAUCAACCUGUUCCACUGUCUGAAUGAACUGAACGAUCGUUCUCUGGUGAAGGAGGUCCAAGAGUUCCUGAGGUCAGGACGUUUCUCCACAGAUAAACUGUCUCCUGCUCAGUGGUCAGCUCUGGUCUUUAUCUUACUGUCAUCAGAAGAAGAUCUGGAGGUGUUUGACCUGAAGAAGUUCUCAGCUUCAGAGGAGACUCUACGGAGGCUGCUGCCAGUGGUCAAAGCCUCCAAGAAAGUUCUACUGAGUGGCUGUCACCUCUCAGGGGAAAUCUGUCCACUUCUGUCCUCAGUUCUCAGCUCUCAGUCCUCCAAUCUGACAGAACUGGACCUGAGCAACAACGACCUGCAGGAUUCUGGACUGAAGAAGCUGUGUCCUGGACUGGAGAGUCCACACUGUAAACUGGAGUCUCUCAGGCUGUCAGGCUGUCUGAUCUCAGAGAAAGGAAGUUCUUCUCUGGUCUCAGCUCUGACCUCCAACCCCUCCCACCUGAGAGAGCUGGACCUGAGCUACAACCACCUGCAGGAUUCAGGACUGAAGAAGCUGUGUCCUGGACUGGAGAGUCCACACUGUAAACUGGAGUCUCUCAGGCUGUCAGGCUGUCUGAUCUCAGAGGAAGGAAGUUCUUCUCUGGUCUCAGCUCUGACCUCCAACCCCUCCCAGCUGAGAGAGCUGGACCUGAGCUACAACCACCUGCAGGAUUCUGGACUGAAGAAGCUGUGUCCUGGACUGGAGAGUCCACACUGUAAACUUGAGUCUCUCAGGCUGUCAGGCUGUCUGAUCUCAGAGGAAGGAAGUUCUUCUCUGGUUUCAGCUCUGACCUCCAACCCCUCCCACCUGAGAGAGCUGGACCUGAGCAACAACAACCUGCAGGAUUCUGGACUGAAGAAGCUCUGUCCUGGACUGGAGAGUCCACACUGUAAACUGGAGUCUCUCAGGCUGUCAGGCUGUCUGAUCUCAGAGGAAGGAAGUUCCUCUCUGGUCUCAGCUCUGACCUCCAACCCCUCCCACCUGAGAGAGCUGGACCUGAGCUACAACCAUCCAGGGGAGUCAGCAGAGAAGCUUCUGUCUGGACUGGAGGAUCCCUGCUGGAGACUGGACACUCUCAGGGUGGAGCCUGCUGGACAACGAUUUCUGACACCAGGUCUGAGGAAGUAUUCCUGUCAACUCACCGUCGACACAAACACAGUCAACAAGGACAUCAAACUGUCUGACAACAACAGGAAGAUGAUGUUUGUGAGGGAGGAUCAGUCGUAUCCUGAUCAUCCAGACAGGUUUGAUUACUGGGAUCAGCUUCUGUGUAGAGAAGUUCUGACGGGUCGCUGUUACUGGGAGGUCCAGUGGAGCGGACAUGUUUCUGUAUCAGUGAGUUACAGAAGAAUCAGCAGGAAAGGAGACUCUGAUGACUGUAGGUUUGGAAGAAACGAUCAUUCCUGGAGUCUGAUCUGUUCUCCAGGUCAUCAGUACAGUGUCUGUCACAAUAACAGAGAAACAUCCGUCACCUCCUCAUCUCCAUGUCCACGCUCUGGCAGAGCAGCAGUUUACGUGGACGUUCCUGCUGGAACUCUGUCCUUCUAUGAAGUCGUCUCUGACAGACUGAUCCACCUCCACACCUUCAACACCAGCUUCUCUGAACCUCUCUGUGCUGGAUUUUGGCUCUACUGGUACAUGUCUGUGUCUGGGCCCAGGCCUGUUUCCUCAGUGUCUCUGUGUCCAGUUUAGUCUCCAGAGUCUCCGGUCAGAGAAACUGUCUCUGUUGGAUCCUGGACUUGGACUCUGGUUCUGGUUCCUCAGAGUCUCCAUGAUGAAGAUGAUGAAGAUGAUGAUGAUGAUGAUGAUGAUGAUGAUGAUGAUGAUGAUGAUGAUGAUGAAGGAGAUAAUCACCAUUUAUCUUUAGUUUUUUGGUUUAUUGUAUUUUUAUUGUAUUUUUAUUUGAUCUUUUUUACAUUUAAACAUUAAAUAAUUUACUGGACUGUUGAUAUUUGAUCAUAAAUUAGAUUUUUAUCUCAUUAUUCUUUUUUUUAUUUAUUCUUAAUUCUGUCUAAAUGUUUUCAUGUUUGACUUCACGUUUAGAUUCUUAAAGUCUUGUUUCUUCCCUGAAACAAAGUUUGAGCUUCAAAUCUAAACAUUUCCAUUUUACAUUCAACUUUUCCAGUUUGUAUAAUAUUUGAUUGAUUUAUCUGAUUGUUUUAAUUUGAUUCCUUCAGUUUUCAAAGUUGUUGAUGUAAAAAUGAAGUGAGAAGAUGGAAAUAUUCAUGUAACAUCCAACAUGUAAAAACAUCAGCAACAUGUUUAAAAGUAUUCAAGUACUCUUGAAACCAGUUUUUUAAGGAAAGGUGUAUUUACUGCAACUUUAAAAACAUGAGGUACAUAUCCUAGGUUUAGGGAUAAGUUGAUCUGGUCCAGUAUUGUCGUACCAAAAAGAGAAAAAAAUAUGUCCAUAUUUCUGUGCAAAACAUGUUUAGAUAAAUGUAAAUGACCUUUUAUGUUGCAUGUCCUUGGCAAACAUCAGAAUGUAACAUGUUUCCUGCUGGGUAUUGGUCUGCUGCCAAAGGUCUGAAUAAAACAAUCUGAACAGAAAAAGUUUCAUUUCUGUAACAACAAAGAUAAAAAU